AUGGAAGCCAACUUCUCCAUCCCUCUGAAUGGAUCAGAAGUGGUGGUCUAUGAUUCUAUCACAUCCAGAGUUCUGUGGAUCCUCUCAAUGGUGGUCCUCUCCAUCACUUUUUUCCUCGGGUUGCUGGGCAAUGGGCUUGUGAUCUGGGUAGCUGGAUUUCGGAUGGCACACACGGUCACCACUAUCUGUUAUCUGAACCUGGCUUUGGCUGACUUCUCUUUCACGGCUACUCUACCAUUCCUUAUCACCUCAAUGGCCUUGAAAGAAAAAUGGCCUUUUGGUUGGUUCAUGUGUAAAUUAGUUCACAUUGUGGUGGACAUAAACCUAUUUGGAAGUGUCUUCCUGAUUGCUCUCAUUGCCUUGGAUCGCUGUAUUUGUGUCCUACAUCCAGUCUGGGCUCAGAAUCACCGCACUGUGAGCCUGGCUAGGAAGGUAAUCAUCGGACCCUGGAUUCUUGCCCUCAUCCUCACAUUGCCCAUUUUCCUCUUCUUGACUACGGUUAGAAUUCCAGGAGGGCAUGUGUACUGUACAUUCAGCUUUGCGUCCUGGGGUGACACUGAAAUGGAACGGGUGAAUGCAGCUAUCACUAUGCUAACAGUUAGAGGAAUCAUCAGGUUCAUUAUUGGCUUCAGCAUGCCCAUGUCCAUCAUUGCCAUCUGCUAUGGACUCAUCGCUGCCAAGAUCCACAGAAGAGCCCUUGUUAGUUCCAGCCGUCCUUUACGCGUCCUUACUGCAGUUGUGGCUUCCUUCUUUAUCUGUUGGUUUCCCUUUCAACUGGUGGCCCUUUUAGGCACAGUCUGGCUCAAAGAGUCACUUUUUAGUGGUGGUUAUAAAAUUCUUGACAUGUUGGUUCACCCAACAAGCUCAUUGGCCUUCUUCAAUAGCUGUCUCAACCCGAUGCUCUAUGUUUUCGUGGGCCAGGACUUUAGAGAAAGACUGAUUCAUUCCCUGCCUUCCAGUCUGGAGAGAGCCCUGAGUGAGGACACUGCCGAGAUCAGUGGUACAGGCACCAAUUCUGCUUCAGCUUCUGAAGGCAUCGAGAUAAAGGCAAUAUGA